AUGGCCUUCAUGGUUCAAUUAAUCAAACCAAUCCUGAUGCCGAUUUAUAAUCUCAUAUUCAAGCAUGCAGCUUACCCUUUCAAGGUUACCAAAAAUGUGAAGGAUUUCAGGGAGGCUACCAAUGAUCUACAUGCAAAAAGUAAAGAUGUUCAGGACCAGAUUGAGAUCGUUGAACGACAAGGGAUGUCAGCGUCCAACGAAGUGCAACGGUGGCUAGGUAGGGUUGAAACUAUCAAACAACAGGAAGAGCUGAUUGACUGCAAAUACGAUCAGAGAUACAAAAUAUUUGGAUGCUGCGCACCGAAUUGCUGGUCAAACUAUAGAAUUAGCAAAGAUGCUGCCGAGAAGGUUCUCCGCAUCAAAGAAUGCAUAGCCAGUAAACCAUGUGAUUUUGCAGUUCAGCUUGCACCCUCUUCUGUCCAAGAGAUGCCAUGUUCAGCGACAGAGCAGCAACCUUCCAGAGUUGCUAUCUUACAAGAGGCCUUGCGGUGCAUUAAGAAUGAACCGGUGGGGGUUAUUGGGAUUUGGGGCCUAGGGGGAGUGGGCAAGACCCAUCUUCUGAUCGAGAUUAAUAACUCUUUCAUUGGGGACACAUUCUUUGAUUCUGUUACCUUUAUCACGGCCUCCAAAGACUGUUCGGUGAGAAAGAUCCAAGAUGAAAUAGUGAACAAGCUUCAUUUACAUAGAGAUAGUGAUGUAGCAUCCCAAGCCAAAAUCAUUUUCAACUUCUUCAAUAAAAGAACUUUUCUGAUAUUAUUAGAUGAUAUUUGGGAUCAGAUUGAUCUGCAAGCAGUGGGCAUACCCCUUGGUAGCCGUACCAUAAACCAAAUCAGGAGAAAAGUGGUUCUCACAACCAGAUCCAAAAAUGUGUGUGGUCUAAUGGAGGUCAGGAAAUAUAUAAAUGUGGCGUGUUUGCAAGAUGAUGAGGCGUGGCACCUGUUUAGAGACAAGGUUGGACUUGAGACAUUUUCUAAUCCUCGUAUCGAAGCUCUUGCGAAAGAACUUGUGAAGGGACUGAAAGGCUUGCCUUUAGCUUUGAUAACUACUGGGCGGGCAAUGCAUCCAAAAACUGACCCCGUAGAAUGGGAAUCUGCCAUUGCUUACAUGAAACAGUCAUGUUGUGAUAAGGAUGAUCCAGUUUCUAUGGAAAGUGUCUUUAGGCAGCUCAAGUUCAGUUAUGAUCGGCUGAGAAAUGAUACCCUGAGACAGUGCUUCUUGACUUGCUCACUGUGGCCAGAAGAUAAGGAGAUCGAAAUGGAAGCUCUAGCUGAAUGCUGGUUGGGCUUAGGUCUGGUGGAUGAAUGCGAUAUACAUAAAUCCAACAUAAAAGUGCAUAGUAUAAUAGGUGAACUUAAAUCUACAAGUUUGUUAGAGAAUUGUGAAGGUAUAAAUCCAUCAAAGCCAUAUACAGAUGGUGUUAAAAUGCAUGAUGUGGUUCGAGACAUGGCCCUUUGGAUAGCUUGCGGCCAUGAUGAGAGGAACGGCAGGUGGGUGGUCCAUGCAGGAGUUGGUGUCAAUUCAUCUAUGAACACCAUUGCUUGGAGCCAAGCUGAAUGCAUAUCAUUGAUGUGUAAUAAAAUGAUGGAACUUCCUCCUUUUGGUCCAAAGCCCUGCUUCAGGAGACUAAGGAUCUUGGACCUUAGAUGGAAUAUGUUGGAUCAGAGGAUAGCUGCAUAUAUUCAGAGUUUCACUGCACUGACAUAUCUAAAUCUUAGCUGCAACAGGUUCACUAAUAUACCUGAAGAAAUAUGUACCUUGGCAAACUUGGAAUAUCUCAAUUUAUCGAGCAACCCAAUUAAACAGGAAGUGCCUAAGUCCCUUGGAAACCUUACUAGGCUCAAAUUCUUAAAUCUGGAAGGCACCAGCAUCGGGAUACCAGAGGGGAUCAUCUCAAGCCUUAAAUCAUUGAAGGUAUUAGACAUGAGGACUCUUGAGAAAUUCAGUAACACAUCAAUAUUUCUAGAGCUGUGCACCCUGACGAACUUAAAAGCAGUUCAUAUGGUAGUUCAUGGUGCUUCUGAAUAUAAAUCAUUAGGCAAGAUUCAUAGCAUCCCCAUAAGGUUUUUAACUGUAGAAAAUUUAAGGGAAAAGUUUGCAUUCCGCCUCUCUGGUGGUACCUUCGCAGAUGAAAUUGUACGAAGGACCUUAUAUAAGCUGGAUAUUUGUUCUAGCUACAUGGAGCAAAUAGACGUAUCAGGUAUAUUUGAAACCCCAUUUGAGGCUCUCAGUGUGCUCAAGCUUGAUAGUUUGGUGAACCUCAGAGAGAUACUUUGGAAAGGACUAUCUCCGCAGGGUAUAUUCCCAAGGCUCACUCAUUUGCAAAUAGUCAAUUGCCCCCAGAUACAGCACAUCUCUUGGGCCACGUACUUGCCUUGCCUUGAAUAUGUUGAUGUGUCUUUCUGUUAUAAUCUGAAGCAAGCCUUUAGGAGCAGGAUGCAUGAUGAGAAUCCAAAGACAUCAAUGGGCACACUCCCUUGUCUCAGGCUUCUGUAUUCAGGGAACAACACUGAGUUUGCCAGCUUGUGCGAUUCUCACGUAACAUUCCCAUCCCUGGAGACCCUGGAAUUCAUGGAUUGUCCAAAUUUGAAGAGGCUUCCUUUCACGAUGCAAAACUUGCCGCCCAAAUUGCGUACACUAGAAUUCAAUACUGUUACAGAAUGGAACAGAUUGGAAUGGGAGGACCAAGGUGUCAAGUCUUACUUGCAACCCUUUCUUAAGUUCCGCUUUAAAGAAUACUAG